GCACAGAUGUGUAGAGAAUGAGACUAGAGGCGUCAGUAGAAAAAACCCUGAAGUAUUGUAAUUAACGAACACUCAGUACCAGUGUGUUGUGUAUAGUGACAACCCCUCUUACUACCUGUGUACUGAAAGUAACCCAGCGAGUAACCGUUUAAGGUCUUUGUUGGUGUUGCUAAUAGAUUUUGCUGCUCAAUCUGUGAUUAAAUACCAUACAACUGUAAACUUCCUUUCCCCCCACACCCUUUCUAGUGCCUGCUCACCAUAUGGGCACUUCAUAGGAUACACAGCAGCCUUCGUCACAAACAAAGGACUGAUAAACAUGAAUAGAAAAAAACAAGAAAAACACAGAAAUGAAGGAAGAAAAAAGGAGGAAAAAAUCAAAACGGCAUGUGGCAGAAAAGGAACAACCAGUCCAUGAAACUGAACCAAAGAAAAAGAAAAAAAAAACCCUGGAGAGAACAAAAAAGGUGGAGGAGGAGGCGGAGGAACUUACCGCAGAGGAAAGGAGGACAUUGGAAAGAAAACUAAAGAAAGAGCGUAAGAAGGAAGAAAAAAAACUGAUGCGGGAAGCUGGAAUUGCUGCUAAGAAAGAAGAGCCAAAAAAAACAUCAGGAGCUGAGUUGGCACUGGAGUAUUUAACUAGCUGGUCCAAAAAAAAAAAAGAAUGGAAGUUUCAAAAGACCAGGCAGACUUGGCUUCUUUUGCACAUGUAUGAGAAAGAGAAGGUUCCAGAUGAAUAUUUCUCUAUUUUAUUGGACUAUCUGGAGGGGCUUAAAGGCAGUGCGCGAGAUGUAACCAUGCAGAAAGCUGAAGCUCUUAUGAAAGGGUAUGACAAUUCUGAUACAGAAGAUCCAGGCCUGUUGGAGAAGUGUGAGCGCAUACGAAAAGUUUUACAGCUAUUAUCAUGAAAGUGUGUAAACCUUGUCAUUAGAUUUCUAGAUUCAUCUGUCUCUACCAUUGUAUGGAGAGCAGGUGAAAUGCAACAAAUAACUUCUAAAAGAAAUAUGUAAAUACGUGUUUUUUUCAUUAAGAAUUGUAAUUAUGAUAAGAUUUCAUGUUUCCAUUGCUCAUUGUACAAUAUUAAAAUCAAUCAUUAAACAGUUUAUAAGGAGAUUGUAAUCAAAA